UCAGUGUCAAACUCUUCAGCUGUGGACCUUUUCCGCAUUGCCAAGCUCUUAGUCUCAAACAUGGGGUGCUCUGAAUGCUGUCUCAAAUGCCUGAGUGGGAUUCCCUACGCCUCUCUGAUUGCGACCAUCCUGCUGUAUGCCGGGGUGGCGCUCUUCUGUGGCUGUGGUCAUGAGGCUCUCUCUGGAACCGUCACCAUCCUGCAGACCUAUUUUGAUGUUGUCCGGUCGCCUGUUGAUGCCCUGGAUGUCUUUACCAUGAUUGACAUAUUUAAGUAUGUGAUCUAUGGAGUGGCAGCAGCCUUCUUCGUUAUUAAACCGUUACGCUGCCUUAGAAGAAUUGUGUCCAUCGGUGAGGAGAAAAAACUGUGUACAGCUUCUGAGAACUUCAUCAAGAUGUGUGAAUCUAAUGAGCUGGAUCUGACAUUCCACUUGUUUGUCUGCGCACUUGCGGGGGCUGGAGCAGCCGUUAUCGCCAUGGUGCACUACCUGAUGGUGCUGUCGGCUAACUGGGCUUACGUGAAGGAUGCCUGCCGGAUGCAGAAAUACGAGGACAUCAAGUCCAAGGAGGAGCAGGAGCUUCAUGAUAUCCACUCUACUCGCUCUAAAGAGCGUCUGAACGCAUACACAUAAAGCACGCGCUCAUGUGCACACAUAUAAAUAUGUAUACACGCACACAAACACACAUAAGCAUGCCCUUCCCCUCCCUGAAGACACACAUAUAAACUAAACUUAACUAUAUUUAAUUUCCAUGGUUUCCAGGGGUAAGGGAUUGGAUGGGAUGGGGUGGUAAAUAACUGUAACAUUUGGUAUGUACGGGUGUGACCCAGAAUGUUGGUCUAGGGACGUGUUUAUCGUCCCCAUGGCAAUGUCUCUGACUACCCAGGAUUUAGAUUUAGUUUCUUUGUCCUUGUUCCGAUUUCCUUUUCUGUUGACAUGUUUGAGAGCACACUAAGUUGAGUGACUUCAUACUUUUAGGUCUCAUUGGGUCUUGUUAGGGGGUUUGGGUUUAGCCAAAGGGAUUAAAGAACACUUUUCACAUUUUUGUAUUACACACUGAUGAUUUGCGCUCUUCAAGCUCACCCUAUAAAUGGCUAGUCAUGAUUUAGAUUUUCUUCAGACUUUUUCAAAACCAAAAUGUGACCAAACUUGUAACUUAUGAUUUACAGGUUAACUGCUCAAGCUGCCACAAUUAUAGCAGCAACAGCACAAACAAUGUACAGAUUCUUUUUCCAACCAAUUCAGUUUUGGAGUGCCAGGGAUUUCAAAAAGUACCUUAAAGUGACUUUUAUUGCUAUACUGUAGCUUGGCCUAACUGUAUAUUCUAGCUGUGCACAGUAUUAAUGGAAGGUGUGACACUGGUGCUUAGUAACGUUUGUUAAGCUUUGACAGAGAUGGCUGCUGAUUGGGAAAGAAGGACCGAAAAAGAACAUCUCAAAUCAGCUAGAGCGGUCAAGUAGGAUUUGCCUUGGGAUAUUUGUUUUCUCUCAUCCAUUGCAAGCCAUACUCUCACAUGCAAAUAACAUUUUCAGGUGUUUUAUUGCUUAGUUUUAGCUUUAACUUUUUAAAUGCAAGUACUCCAACAAAAACACAUUUUUCCAUCAUUCAUGAACUGUAUAUAUCUCUUUAAAUGUAUACACAUUUCAUGUCAGUUUCUAAAACACAUCUCGGCAGUCAGUGUGAGUUGAUAUUCUUGAGAUUGUCGUUCAUAUCAGAGAAGUAUAAAUCUAAGUGGAAAAGUUGAUUGCAACGAAUCUGCCAAACACUCUGGAAGGUUAAAUAAACAAGGUAUUUAUGUAAAAACCGAACACGUUCCGAAUAAAUACAAGAAAGAUAUGGAUGUACAAGCAUGUGUUACUCAAAACUCAGUGUUUUGGCUCGGUCUUGCCGACUUCAGUUGCCCUACUUUUGCAGUAAAAUUCUUUUGUCAGUGUCUCAAAAAAAACAUAAUAAUAAUAAUAAAAAAACAAGCUAGUUUUUGUGCACUUAUGGACCAUUGUGAGUUUUUUGGUGUAAGUGCAUUUGGAAUCAGCUCUGAGUCCCUGUACUCUUAUUAGUCAUGCAGCUUUUUUAAAACCACAAAAGAAACUUGUAUUAGGUAAAAAAAAAAAAACAUAAAUAUAGUUGUUAUUUGUGGCAUGGUUAUGCAUUCAAUGGUAAUAGUUUUAAAAGGGAAAAAAAAAUGUAAGUUGAUUUUUACACUUAUGACUGUCUUGCUGGGGUCAAUUAUAUUUUUUCUAAAUGUGCAGUAUUACAGUUGCUACUCUAACAAUAUUAAGCUAUAUAUCUUAUUAGGUUGUAGUGUUUGAGUUUUGUCCUUUCUAGUUUGUGAUGAUUUUUCCGAACCAUGUCUUAAACCUAUUCUUGUUUUGAUGGCGCGUAUCCAGUAUUACAUUACAUCCAGUAUUACAGAAUGACAUUGCUUUCAGCUUUAUCCACAUACUGUACUACUUUUUUGUACUUUCACUGAGAAUGCUUUGUAGCAGGCAGUAAAAUUAACUGGUUUUGUACAUAAAUGUGCCAACAGCUUGACAGUGGCUUUUUCUUUUCUUUUCGAACUGUAGGAACAAAGUUGCUUGCGUAAAUAAAGACACUUGUGUACUUGUUAA